AUGUUACCUAAAGUUGCCACCCACAUUCUCCACAGCACAACUCGUGCUGCCGCGGCAGUUCAGAACCAAACCCACGCCAUCAGAAAUGUUCUGCAGCUGCAGUCUUCGGGACCUUCUUCGGGUUCAGGUUCAAGUUGGGGAAAUGGGCCAGGACCUGGAGGUGCAAAAUACAACGCAGGGAGUCGUUUUCACCCCGGCUACAACGGAGCAGGUCGUGCGGUGACGCAGGCCAAUGUAAUGACCUCUCAAGAUGGCACUUUCACACAGUCAGACGACACGGAGGAGUUUACAUCUCGUCGUUCUAUCCUACGCACUCCGAAGCGCCCGCGUAUACGGAGCUCGAGCGUGUCCCUGAGUCUCGCAGGUCGUCGUGAACGCGGUGAGAAGCUUGGUGUACUGAAGACUGUUCAGCUGCAUGCUCGUUCUCGCCAUGCCUUUGGCACGAGCGCAACAGCUGGUGCAGAGUAUGAGGCACAGGUUCCCACUACUGAUCUUGCAGAAAAAUCUGUUCGAUCUCCACUUGUGCGUCGGAACUCCGUUUCGAGUGAAGUCUCAAGACCCUCUUCCCCCGUCGGCUCAGUCCGUCGUCUUUCAAUAUCUGUGCAAAACGACAGUAAGGCAGAAGCCGCUGUUGCAGACCUUCCUACUCCACCUCUUACUCCCGAGCGCCUGUCAACGGAUCCUGCUACUCCUCAGACUGUCUUACCACCGCAGGCGAACCCCCCUACACAACAGGAUAUUGUUUACAAGCUGACCCAAGUAUCUACAACCAAGGAUGCACUCCUCGCAGCAGAUCUCGUCCGCGAGUUUAUCCAGACGACAAAAGAUCCAACGACCUCGGAUUUCAACGCCGCUCUUCUUGCAUUGAUUGCAACGCGUCCAGAAGGGGAACCCUUGAAUGUUGUCGUCGAAACCUACAAUGCAAUGCUCCUGCGAUCCUUGUCACCCAAUAUCAAGACAUAUGCACUUCUCAUUGAAGCUUUAACCCAGAGAGAUGACGAAGUGCGACGCAUGUCGGUCUCGCUGGAAGCUAGGUUGCAGCGCAUCGAGUUCAGCGGUUCCACUGAACGCAGCAAUGGAAUAUGGGAGAAGGAGAGAUUAGAAAGCCUCCGCGCUGAGAGCAACUUUUCCCAGGCCAUGGCGCUUUUUGAGGCUGUCCUCUCCACCCAGAAAAAUGCACAGCUUGAUUUGGUUCAUUAUGCCAACCUUAUCCGAUCAUGCUCCUACCACAAUAGCGUCGAAGGGGCCAUUCAUGUCUUCGAGCAACUAGAGCGUCGUAAAGACAUUCUUCCGGAUGUUAGAACGUACCGAUAUAUGCUGCAGGUCUUCACAAACGCUGGUAACUACCAAGGCGCAGAGGAAAUUUUCAAAGAUUUCCUUCAGGCCGGUAAGGAAGAACGGCUCGCUUGGAAUUCUUCCCAUCGACCUUUGACAGGGCAUCAGUCCGAAACUUUGCAAAUUUGGAAUCAGAUGAUCGAGUCGUAUUUCCGUGCUGACCUUCCCGAAAAGGCUGUAGGAAUCCUAGAUGACAUGCUUGCCACCACUGCUGGGUCAAGCUUCGGGCCCGGCGACACCCCUCCCCCAGCUUCAUCGACAUAUACAACUAUCCUAAGUGGAUUCUGCCUCACGGGACAAGUGCAGACAGCGCUUAAUUGGUUCGACAGGUUACUUGCUAUGGGUGUUUAUGUCCAAAGACCUUUCGAAGCUUAUUGCGGAGGGCCCAUCAAGCCCGACCAAGUCGCUUGGGGGGUCAUGCUUGAUGCUCUAGCAAAGGCUGGUAUGGUGGACGAUUUUAACCGGUUGUUCAAAAUCAUGCUGCAGGAUGCGAAGACGGAUGGUAUAAUAGUCCGCCGAAUCGACAGAACUUUCUUGUUUUCCGUAAACAUGGCCCACAUCAAGGAAUGGGACGACGCGAAAGCCGCAGAGGUUUUGGAUUUCCUCGCUAUCAAUGUGAUCUCUCCCGAUAUGUGGCAGCAUCGGAGACGCCAGAUGUUGGCUGGAAUCUGCGAGGAAUAUGUUGCGAGAGGGUUGUACCAAUCGGCAGUCACUCUCUUUGGUCAGCUGUACACUCAACAGCUGGAAUUCCUCCAAAAGGCUGACCGUGCCGGGGCUGUGGGCGUGGUUUCCGAGCUCCAAAAUUUGCUCGUCAGCCUUUCGAACCAAGUCUAUAGCACUCUCACGCUUCGACAGGAUCAUCUCCCUUUCGUCGCCUCCCUAGAGCUUUUGCGGCUAACGUUUAACCUCGAACUCAAAGUAUCCGCUGAUCACGCCCCUUACAUCCUCCACUCGUUUGGACACGCCAAGCAAACUUCCCAACUUCCGGACGACAUCAAUACACAAGAUUGGGCUAUUCUUUUGAAUUGCGCCGUUCAUGCUGAGACUUUGGCCCAGCAAGGUCAAGAGGUCACCAUCCCCAAUUAUGCCUUCACUGGUCUUGCUUCCCUCUUGACUGACGUUGCGCAACGUGAUGUGGCAUUCGAAUCCUUCGACGAGAAUGUUCGUUUGUGCACGAUGAAGCUGUUAUCCGCCCAACUUGGCCAUGAGGAGUGCAAAUCCUUGUUUACUUCAUUGGGACCUUCUUACGCCGAAGCCCUGCAGGGCUUCGAGACAAUUCGGUAUCAGGCUCUGGAAGAAGCUUUGAACAUUGCCCCGCCUCCUCUGCAGGAACCCGAAACGCAGAUGACCAAGGACUACGGCAGGCUCAAUGUCAAUACGUCGUUAAACCGCACCGUUGAGACGGCGCUGCGCGAUACCAAAUAUUCCCCAGCCCAACGCGCGUCAACAGCCUAUGACCUUCUCAUGGCCGGAGUUGAACGGGGACUUGUGACUUUGCCUCAGACAACAGGGAAGCUCAUACAAUCUCAUGGCAGGUUGAACGAGCUCGACAAAGUCCAGGAGCUCUAUACCGUUGCCCAAGCUUGCCUGAUGUCCAUGGAGCAUCUCAAGGACCACCGUGAUGCGGGCUGGAUUGCGAUCGAAGAUAGUAUGAUCAUCGCUUUCGCGCAUGCUGGUAAUUUGGACGCAGCCCACAUCCAUCGUUCGAGAAUUUUGGACUUCGGCGCAGCACCCUCUGCUGACGCCUACGGAGCCCUGAUUCUUUAUGUGAAGGACACUACGGACGACGCGUCCAAUGCAUUGAGACUCUUCAAUGAGUCCCAGAAGCUCGGCGUCCGCCCUAAUAUUUACCUCUACAACAACAUCAUCUCAAAACUGUCAAAGGCGCGCAAGGCAGACCACUCUUUGGAGCUAUUCCAGCAGAUGAAGGAGAGCGGGGUACGUCCAUCUUCCAUCACGUACGGUGCUGUUAUUGGUGCUUGUGCCAGGGUUGGUGACGUUCACUCUGCUGAGACAUUGUUCACGGAGAUGGUUCAAGCUCCUGGAUUCAGCCCACGUGUCCCACCGUACAAUACGAUGAUGCAGCUCUACACGACGACGAAGCCCAGCCGGGAGCGCUCUCUCUACUUUUACAAUGAACUUCUCCGGGCAGGCAUUGCCCCAACAGCUCACACGUACAAGCUACUCCUCGACACAUAUGGUACGCUUGAACCAGUAGACAUCCCAGCGAUGGAAGGCGUCUUCAAACAACUUUGCGAUGAUCCACGAGUGCAGAUCCUUGGUCAGCACUUUGGCUCACUGAUCAACGCGUAUGGUUGUGUUCAGAGGGAUCUCGAUAAGGCCAUUGAAGUCUUUGACUCAAUACCCUCAUACGGCCCAACACUCGCCGAUGCAGUUGUAUUUGAGGCCCUUAUCAACGCUCUCGUGGCCCACCGCCGGACCGAACUCAUGCCAGAGUACAUCUCCAAGAUGACGGCUGCGGGUGUGCAUAUGACGGCGUACAUUGCGAACUUUUUGAUUAAAGGUUACGCUAACGUUGGCGACAUGGAGCAAGCGAGAAUGAUCUUUGAAUCGCUGACGGAUCCGGCCACCGGGGUUGCUGCUCCCAAUAACCAUGCUCCACAUAAUCCAUCUGAUGCACCUAUUGUCAGUCCGACGGAACCUGUGUAUCGUGAGCCCUCGACAUGGGAGGUCAUGGUUCGUGCUGAGCUAGGUGCCGGAAACCGGGAUAAAGCUACUGACCUUCUUGAACGCCUUAGAGCUAGACAAUACCCUGAAGCGGUUUACAAUCGGAUAAGCGGCGUAAUGGUGGACCAUUCCCAGAUUCUGCAUUAA